GCUACGGUCACACUGUCGUAGAAAACGCGAAAAGCCGGCGAUUUACGGCACGCUUGUUUUAUUUUUCCCUGAAAACGCCAAAAAUAUCAAACAAACAACAUGUCGGCUGGCAUGCCCAUCAACCCCAAGCCCUUCCUGAACGGCCUGACGGGAAAACCGGUGCUGGUGAAGCUGAAGUGGGGCCAAGAGUACAAGGGCUUCCUGGUGUCCGUCGACGGCUACAUGAACAUGCAGCUGGCCAACACGGAAGAAGUGAUCGAGGGCUCCGUCACCGGCAAUCUCGGCGAGGUGCUCAUCCGCUGCAACAAUGUGCUGUACAUCAAGGGCAUGGAGGACGACGACGAGGAGGGCGAGAUGCGCGACUAGGCACGAGGUCCUCCUCUUUAGAGGAGUAGGAGCUACCUAACUUUACUUAUAAGUCUACGAAAGUAAUGAAAUAAAGCUAAUUUUAUUUUGUAAUCCUA